CUGUUGCACAUAGAUAGCUUUUUUUGCUCUAUCUAAUGGCUUAAUCAAAAUUUUCAUAUCAUGUUUGUAAGAACCGAAUAUUGCUAAUUUACGAUACUGGUUUUGCAAAAACUUGGAUUUUUCAGAGGUCUCUGGAGGACUUAGCGCAUGAGUUCUGAGAGAAAAAAGUAUACAGAUAUAUACAACUCGACGAGGGCUACAAAACUGUCAUGCUUAAAACCUGCCUGAAGAAAGUCGUGUAUAAAGUGGGAGGACCUGCGUGAAAGCACCCGAUUCAAGUCAAACAGCGUCUUUUGAUUCUGAGUCAGAAUCAGACGAUGAACAAAGCAGUUAUGACGCUGAUUAUGGCUCAACGUUACCAGGUUCUGACAACGAUGAAGAUAUAAGUGACUCAGAAUGUUUAUCAAAUGUUAAUAACAGUACAUUUCGAGGUAUGCGUAUUUAUGAUAGUAUUAAACCGUCUGUUGCUCAAUCAUAUUUUAAAGUUACGGUUAAUGGUCAGAACAAAUAUCUUCACAAGCAAACAGCUUGUUGGUUAUGA